AUGCCUAGAGUCUUGGUUGUGGGUGCAACGAGAGGUCUCGGUGCCUCGGUGGUGAAGCAAUACACUUCUGAGAAUCCACAGUCAGUCUAUGCCACAACACGUUCCGAAUCGAAGCCGGACGGCUUUCCCGAGGGCAUCACCUGGCUCUCGAAGGUUGACCUGACGAACCCCGAUGUUGGAAAUGUGUUGGCCAAGCAGUUGAAAGGAGAGGACCCGCUUGAUACUGUCGUAAUCACUGCUGGGCGCUUCGUGACAGAAGACUUCUCGGCCGAGAAGGGACCCAACUGGGGUGAGGAGGUCACCAUGUAUACCACAAGCUCCAUCGCGCCCGUUUUCAUUGUCCACCAGCUCGCGCAUUCUGGUCUACUCAAGUCGGGUUCCAAGGUCGUGCUGGUGUCGAGCGAGUCUGGCAGCAUCACGCUCCGUCACGAGUCUGAGGGCGGAGGAAACUAUGCGCAUCACGCCUCCAAGGCUGCUCUCAACAUGGUUGGCAAGCUCUUGAGCCUUGAUCUGAAGGACAAGGGCGUCAUCAUCAGCAUCAUACACCCUGGGUUCAUGCGCACUGAAAUGACCAAGGGGGUAGGGUUCGAUAAGUACUGGGAUGAUGGGGGAGCGGUAACACCAGAUGAAGCGGCAACGAGUCUCAUUGACUGGACGGAGAAGCUUGAUAUCAGCAAAUCGGGAGAAUACUGGGCUCCGCGUGGACCAAGAGAUAUCGGAACUGCGGAGCCAGUUCUUGGACAAGGCUUGUCGACGCCCUUGCAAUUGCCUUGGUGA